AAGAAGAAAACCGUACAGUCAGUUAGUAACUGUACGGUCAGUUAAUAACAGUUAAUAGAGAAGUAGGUUACUUCUCAUUUUUGGCAGUAGUUGGAGUAGCGCGGUGCAGUAUGUCGGGUCUUAAACUGAUGAGGGCAAUCCGAGUAAAGGAGUUCGGAGCUCCGUCCGUCCUCAAACUUUGCGACGAUGUGAAAGUUCCACAGCCCGGAAGCGGACAGGUGCUAAUCCGUGUCCAUGCCUGCGGCGUGAACCCCGUGGAAACAUACAUCCGAGCCGGGACGUAUGGCCGGAAGCCGUCGCUCCCGUACACGCCUGGCACUGAUGCAGCUGGCGUGGUGGAAUGUGUCGGCGAGGGCGUCGCAGCAGUCAAGGUUGAAAGCACAUCAGUCAUCCACGUCGGCGCAGGGGAUCGCGUUUAUACCACAUCCACUCAGUCCGGAGGUUAUGCAGAAUUUGCUGUAACCACAGAAGAAAGCGUCCACAAACUGCCCGACACUUUAGACUUCAGCCAGGGGGCGGCCAUCGGCAUCCCGUACUUCACGGCCUACAGAGCUCUCGUUCACAAGGCCCAUGUAAAGCCUGGAGAGACUGUUCUUAUCCAUGGAGCCAGUGGAGGGGUUGGUCUGGCAGCAUGUCAGCUCUCCCGCAUGUUGGGGCUCAAGGUGCUGGGAACCGCCGGGACCAAAGAGGGAAUGGAGCUUGCGGCCAGAAAUGGAGCUCACAUGGCAUUCAAUCACAGGGAGGAGGACUAUACUGGCAAAAUAAUGGAAGCCACAGGAGGCCAGGGAGUUGAUGUGAUUGUGGAGAUGUUGUCUAACAUCAACCUCAACAAAGACCUCCAAAUGAUGGCAUUUGGAGGACGUGUUGCGGUUGUAGGCUCCAGAGGCUCCAUAGAAUUGAACCCCAGAGACACGAUGGCCAAAGAGACCAGCAUCAUAGGAGUUGCCCUCUUCGCUGCCACACCGGCGGAGAGGAAGGAGUGUGCAGCCCUGCUCGUUGCCGGGAUGGAAGCCGGUUGGCUGCGUCCAAUUGUCGGUGACCGGUAUCAACUGGACAAGGCCGCUCAGGCCCACCAGGACAUAAUCGAAUCUCGGGGGGCCACUGGAAAGAUUGUGCUGACCAUGUGAUCAUGUAACCGAACUAUAGGGACGGGUUGCAAUGGAAAAACAAAUCAAGAAGUAUUGUGCUAUUUACAUGUAAAUCCAAUUGAACUGGUCGUUGGACAGCAUGUUAAGACUGUCCCCUACUUCCCAGGGGAGUUGAUUGAUGAUGAUGAUGAUGAUGAUGAUUGUUUUAAUCAGUGCCUAAAAUUGUGCUAAUAUUACGAUCAUUCUGUUCAUGUUUUCAAUACAUCUUCGUAGCAAAAAAUGGUUAGCUAUCCUUUUGUGACUGCGUCGGUCGGACAUUACAUCCUCUCUUCUCGGGUGGCAGCUGAUGCUACUGAGCGUGCGCCACAGUGGCUUCGGUAACCUAGGUUACAUACUGUGUACACAGCACAAUAUACACGGAGAUGAGGCCCACUCUUCCUUCCUGAUCCUUCGUGACAGAUAUCCUAAUUAUUUAUUACAGGUGUUUGUAGAACAUAAUCAGCAGGGAUACGCGGUCCGAUCACCAGGUGAGUUUCCUUCUUUGCUCACCCAAGCGGUUCUGUUAGUUUUAGGACAGGUCUUUUGUGUGAAGGGAAUAAAAGAUAGCAGCCACAUUUCACAGAUGUACCAUUUAUCAUAUUCAAGUUCAUUUUUCCAGAUGCUGCUACAUAUUCUUAAAAUAACUGAAUCUUGACCUAAUGGCCUGAAACAAAAUGGCAAAUUCAAAAUGAAACCGGUUUUCAGUUGUAGAUGAUAUACAUACAAAUAUUUUGCCUUGAAACAUUG